GACGGCGGGGCUCAGCCUUGGGCGCUGGGCGGGCGGCGUGGGGGCGGGCGGAGCGGGCGCCGGCCAGGGCGGCCGCCGGCCAGUGCGCGCCUGCCCCGGUCCGACACUCGACGUCGGCUCGUCCACGAAUACACACUAUAAACGACCAGUUAUCUAUCGACCACGAGCACGACAUAAACCAUCAAAAUGUUUAAAAAUCAUUUAGAAAUGAUUGGCAGAAAUGAGACGGCAUCGAAGAAAGCCAGAUUUUGGCAAUCCUUCGUCCGAUCUCUUAAAGGAUCGGAAGACAUCAGAGCUGAGGAGAGGUACAGGCCCACACGCCGCAGCGUGUUCCCCGAGCUGACCUACCCGUACACCAAGUCCAUAUACGACGACCCCGUCGCUGCCGCCGAGCGCAUCAACGUGCCUGGCUACCGCUACCUGCCGGUCCAUCGCGACGUGUAUGGCUACUCUCCUCGCGCCAUCUACGCGCACAACUACCCCCGCUCCCUCGACCGAUACAGGCCAGUGUACCAUGUGCCGAGGCGCAUCCGACGAGGCGUCGAUCCCUUCGACGCGCACAAGGCGUGGCAGGACCAUCUUGACCGGCUGGCCGCCAUCGACCGCCUGUACCCCUCCCGCUACGGUCUCUACCUCAAGGACCGGGCAUACCCCAUCACCGACCUGAGCGCCCCCCUCGUCGACCACCUGUCGCCCAGGAGCCUGAAAGGAAUUGAAUAUGAACCCGACAACAAGCCUCACUGGGGAUCAGGAGCGAGCCCGGAGCGGAUAUCGGACGCGUUCAAAAGGGAUCCCUUUUUCGCUGAAGCCGAAAAAUGGACGGAUUUUGAUCGCUCGCUCCGAGGGAUGUCACCCACACCCGUGAAGCCAAGGAUCAGCCCCCCGAGGGACUGCGAAGUCGCUUACGACGCCGACGGUGCCCCGCUGUACACCGCCGGUGGAAUGCGCCGCCGGCCGUGGGCGGACAUUUUCAACCCGAGCCCCUCCCUGCCGAUCCAGGCGAUCACGAGGGACCCCUUCUGGUACGACUGGCCGGAGCUGAAGCCCCUCGCGCGGUGGGACCGCAGCCCUUCCUACAUCCGGGACUCGUAUCUGUCGCCAGUGAAACGCACCUUCCUCUGGGACAAACACCCCGUCAGGCCGCUAGAUUUAAUGGUCGCUGACGCACUCACCGUGGGUGACCUAAGCAGCACUAUGCCCUUCAUGCAUAGUCUAUAAAGUACAAUCAGCUGCUGCUUACUAAGGAGCUAACCAUCGAACCUUCUACUUUAAGAAUAUACCUAUGAGUACAUUAUACAAUUUUUAUAAUAAACUAUCUACAUAAUAAUCGAUGAUUCAUGCGUUGACUAUGUUAUCGAAAAUAUGACAACAUAAGUAAUUAAGUAAUAUUCAUGGACGCAUUGCAAUACUACAUUUUUAGUAUUGAUAACUAAAUAUUUACUUAAUUAAAGAUCUCAAAGACUGCUAUAACAUAGUCACUGCCGCGGAAAUAAAAAUAUUUGUUACACAAAUCUUGUUUUUAUUAUAAAUUAUAUUUUUAUGUAUUUCAAAACUAAAAAAAGCUAAAUAAACACUAAAAUACAAUAAA